GAAUAAAGCAGUAAACACGAGAGAAGCUCCUGCAAAACUCGUGGAGGCCGAGCACUCGCUCCGAAGAAAGCCGACCGCCCCGUCGGGAGUGGUGCGUGCGUGCUGGUGGUGAAACGCGGCGGCGUGCUGCGGUUGUUGUGGUGCUGUGUGUGUCCGUGCGGCGCCGUACGUGGACGACAGCGAUGGACGGCAGCGUAAGGCCGGCGACGUCGCCAUGAAGUUCCUCAGCGUGCGCAAGGUGACCCAGGGCACGGCUCUGGCCGUGUCCCUGGUCGCCUUCUACGGGGCCCUACUGCUGCUCGGCUGGCCGCCGCUCGGCAUCGACUGGCAGCAGCAGACGACGGCGCUCGUUGCAGACGACGCCGCUCAAGAUGGCGGCGCGCACAAGAAAGCGGACGCAGGAGUCAACAAGCUUGUGUACCUCAGGGCACCGCCCGGUUUUCACCAGAGUGCUAGUCGCAGGGUAUUGAAGGGGGGCAACGACGUCGACAACGAAGUGGAGGAUUACGCCGACCAGCCGUCGGGCGAAGACUUUGAUGCCGACAGUGUCGACGUGCGCGAUAGCAACAGGUCGGCGGACCAGGGUGCUGCUGUCAGCGGUGGAGCGGCGCCCGAGGAACCGCAGCGGUCGCCCACGACGCGACUGGAGGACGUGUUUUUCAGUGUUAAGACGACGCGGACGUUUCACAGGACUAGGCUCGAUGUCAUACUCAAGACGUGGUUCGUCCUGGCGCGCGAACAGACGUAUUUUUUCACGGAUGCGUCUGACCCGCUGUACCAGCUCAAAACAAAUGGCCACCUCAUCAACACCAAUUGCUCAUCGUCGCACAAUAGGAAAGCGCUAUGCUGCAAGAUGUCCGUAGAGCUUGACUUUUUCCUCGACAGCAAUAAGAAGUGGAUGUGCCAUUUCGACGACGACAACUACGUGAACGUACCGCGGCUGGUGAAGCUGCUGCAGGAGUACGAUCCCCGCGAGGACUGGUACCUGGGCAAGCCGUCCAUUCGGCAGCCGCUCGAGAUACUCGCCAGGGACAGCACCAAACCGCAGAGGAAGAUCGCCUUCUGGUUCGCCACUGGUGGCGCGGGUUUCUGCAUCAGCCGCUCUCUGGCUCUCAAGAUGCUACCACUCGCCGGGCGCGGGAAGUUCAUCAGCAUCGGCGAGCACAUCAGGUUGCCGGAUGACGUCACAAUGGGCUACAUUGUGGAGCAUCUUCUCAAGAAGAACCUGACCGUGGUGGAGAACUUCCACUCGCACCUCGAGCCCAUGAAGUUCCUCAAAAAGGAGGCCCUCAGCGACCAGGUGACCUUCAGCUACUCCAAGUUUGGCAAGGAGCUGAAUGUGCUCAACAUCGACGGCUUCUCGCCAAGGGUGGACCCCACAAGGUUCCUGUCCUUACACUGCCAGCUGUUCCCGAACUUCAGCUUCUGCCCGAGGUAGCGACACGCCUGACGCGCUCGCUCUGGAUCCAUUGCGCGGAGCGCAGCGCGGAAUGUGCCAACAGCCACCAUACCUGCCAAGCACCUGGAAGAGAACGACACACGCCGCCAAACAGCAAUAAACAGAUCCUGCAUCCGCUGUGUCUAUUGGUGCGCAGGCGUGCGUGCUUUAGUUCAUCGAGAACGUAGCAGAGAGCUUCAGUGUAGUGUCUGAAACUGCGGUGCAGAACGUGCUCCUGAAGGAUUUCGCGACCCUGGACUCGGCGAGUCGUGACGACAGCCUUUGGAACGUGAGCGGUGAUUGGACGAUGGCCAUGCGAACUACUUGUUGGUGUGACUCUUGUCUACUCCUUGGAAAAACAUCAGUGCAUCGCCUUCUGCCGACGUUUCUGCAAUAUAGCUGUGUAUAACCGGACUUUUUAAGUUGACGUUCGAUUUGCCGAGGCCUUCCUUAUCGCAGAGCUGGCCGGACUUCUUUGCCUCGUGUAUCAAGACACCAACUAGGGGAUCUUGCAUUGCGUUUUUUUACAUCUUGAACGCGGCCGUAUUUUUUAGAGCUGUCUGGGCUUUGGGCUGUGUCAGUGAACGGGGCUCAUGCUUGUCAAAAGUGCAUAAUUCGCGGCCUACUCUAAUAGAGGCUGAAUAGCUUAUGACCCUUGUAAGCUACCCCUAGGGCCUCAACCCUAAGAUGACUGCGGACUCGAGGCGACGUAUGCAAGUAAGCAAGCCUGAACGCUGCCUAUUUCAGUGGUGAAUGAACAUUCUGUGCAACUCAUAGUGCCGACAGAAUGUACGAGCUCGGAGGUAAUAUGCGCUGCAUGGACUUCCGUCAUUAGUGCGAAAUUUCUGUCACAUGCUCACAUCGAUUCGCUACCACAAUAUAAUAAAUCCUGACGGGCUGAGAAGUCUGUCAUCUUGAAAGAUUUUAAAUUUGAAUGCUCGCGACGUCACUUGAACGAAACGAAUUGCUGUGUGCCUCCAUAUACAGUGCACACGAUUCGACGUAUACGUUGAAUCGGGCUAGCUGUGACAGAAAUGGCAAGACUGUCGCAACGUAAUGCUUGUGUUGCAAACGCUAAGGGAUCGAUUGCCCAGAAGGCAAGUCUAGGGAAAUUUAAAAAAAAAGGAAGUCUUUCACAAAAUUGUGAACAUAUCUGAAGAAAUUUCGCAGCGUGCGUCAUUGAAAAUAGUAAUGGAUCGUAAUGGAUUCCGAGCCUUUUGUUCUCAACGAUACGUGUUCAACGUGUAGGCGUUCGACCCUCAUCAAUUUCCUUCGACAUGGGCCCUUUUGUGCAGUGUGUGCAUUACUUCUUUAUCUUUAGGAAACCGGUGUUUCUGUUUCUCCCUGAAGAGUACUUCACACCACCAGUAUGGCACAUAUGUGUCCAACGUGUUCAAUGGCGAAUGCAUGUUCGCUGGUGCGUAGACGGACACGCAGUCAGAAGUUGUGCCCGGACCGCGCGAUGAGCUCACCCAGAAACGUAGUCUGAAGUUUUCUGAAUUCAUGUCCGUUAAUUGCCAGUCGUAUUUACUCCGACGGCUUAAAGGUUAGACUUCAGUUACGGCUUUUUCGGGACGUCGAACCCCAACAAUUAUUAAUUAUUAUUAUUAGGAACGGCUUGCGCUCGUUUAUCAGAAAAAGAAAAAAAGAAAAACGGCCUUCGGAUGACGACGCAUGUGAGCUGCUUUCAAAGCUCUCGACUGAACGUACAAAGUCGAAAAACAACCCCACCCGACCACUUCAAUUUUUUUUUUCCUCGCCUCUGAAGUUUUGCAGGAGGCGAGCGAGUCGCGUAACAGCAGUAGUCUGACCGGUGGUCACGUGUAAUACCUCGGCUGUCGCUGGUCGGUGCGGAAGCAACGACCUGUAAUUGCGUCCCCGUCGUCCGCGUUUAAUUGGGCAGGCCGUUUUUCUUUUCGUUUAACGCUUCUGUUGUUUUUUCUCUCGUUCUGGUUCCUUCGGACACCUCGGGAAUGCCGCCGCUGCGUGCGAGGUCGGUAGCCGAGCCGAAGCUCCACGCAAAUAGCCGCGAGCCGCUCUGGCGCCGACCAUUCAAAGUCGAGUCUAGAACGCCCGAGCGAAGAAUCAUGUCCAUUUGGCGCCGGUGACCGCGUCGUUUAAGGACUCGCGAGGAGGCAUUUCGCAUGACGCGUCACAUUUUUCUACGAACAUAGGACGCCGUGUAAUUAGCUAUGCGCCGAGGGUUGGACUCCGUUUUUUAUCGUUACUACUGUGGCAUUGUUUUUAUUUAUUUAUUUCUCUUCGAAGAAGAAGGAUCACAUCAGUGGUCGCUAUUUUUGACCUGCCCGCUCAAUAUAAUUUUCGGGUCUCUCGAAAGAAGCGGACAGAAAUACUCGGACUGCCUUAAUCUUUAGCUAUCUAACCGAUAACAUAACCUGGCGAGCCAUGCGUAAUGGCAUGUGGACCAGUCCUGGUACUUCGAGAUAGGGCUAACAAAGUUGUUCGCCUCAUCACGUUCGCUAAACUAGUGAAAAAUGCUGGAUUAGAGAGAAAGGUCGCCUUCUGAUAUGUACAUGCAUUCUGGAUGUGCUGGUUCAACCCUGGUAACGCAUAUAUCGCUUAGCUAAAUGAAAGGCUCCAACGAUACACCACGAAGGGUCUGCUAACGUGCGCUCAGAAUUUUUUUUUUCACAAUCGUUUUAAAACGAGCAAUCUUGAAAGCUAUAUUUCAAAGGUGUGGCGCAACGCGUUUAGGUCGUAUUAAUUUACAGACUGGAAGUAUUGUGUAAAUAUGCGUGUACAUAAUCUAGUUUACAAUUUAGGGCCUUCCUCGUCACCAGAAGGACGAGUGUUUAAGAGUGCCUAAAGUAGUCUUUUUCUUUUGUAUUUGUGUACAUAUGACAAGGAAACGAAAAAGAAUCGAAUGGAUGGAGUGUUCUAUUGUAUUUUGUACACCUGACUUCCACAGCCAGACGGCUCUUUUUCUUUAGUCUUGUUGUUAUUGUUGGGCUGUAACGGCAAUGAGAGUGCAUGAAUAGGAAAAUAAUAGAUUAUUACGUGUUUGAAGGA